ACGCUUACGGCUGCGUGUUUCCGAAAUUUUGAAGAGGUAAACAUUUGAAGUGAUCUGAAGAUGUCGGAUAGUCGCAAAGGGAGUGUGGCUGGGCCCCAGAGGCCCAGCAAGGCGCCCAACAGUGGGCUGCAGGAGAAGGCGAUCGAGCUGGACGACGUGCUCGUGAACGAGCUGGGCCAGUUCGGGAAGUUCCAGCUGUUCAACCUCCUGCUCGUGUCCAUCCCCAUGAUUAUGUCUGCGUUCAUGAGUGAAUAUAUUUUCUCGGCUGCAGCUAUUCCACACAGGUGUCAGAUCCCAGAAUGUGGGGAGUCUCAUAAAGACCACUACUUCAACCCCGCGUGGACGGGCGAGGCCAUCCCGGCGGGCUCCAGCUGCGAGCGCUUCGCCCCGCGCGGCCCCAACGGCUCGCUGGCCUCCUGCCCCGCCGCGCUCUUCUACCAGGACCAGCAGAUCCCGUGCGACGGCUUCGUCUACGGGAGGGACAAUUCCGUCGUCUACGAUUUCGACCUCGGGUGCCAGGAGUGGAUGCGCGCGCUAGCAGGCACGCUGAACAGCGUGGGAACGCUGCUGGUGCUGCCCAUCACGGGCUACGUGUCCGACCGCUUCGGCCGCCGCGUGGCGCUCGUCAUCAGCGUCUUCAACCUCGGGCUCAUCGGCCUCAUCCGCGCCUUCUCCGUCAACUACCCCAUGUACCUGGCCUUGCAAAUCCUCCAAACCACUCUUGGAGCUGGCACCUUCAGUUCUGCGUAUAUCUUUGCUACGGAGUUUGUUGGUCCUAAGUUCCGUGUCGUCACGAGUGCCUCUUGCUCUUCUAUGUUCGCCGUGGGCCAAAUGAUCCUUGGGAGUGUGGCUUGGGUGAUCCAGCCCUGGAGAUACAUGAUCAUGGCACUCCACAUCCCUUGCUUCCUGAUCGUUUCCUACUACUGGAUACUAUCUGAGAGCGUAAGGUGGCUGUUGUCUAAACAGAAGUUUAAUGAAGCUAAAGUUGUUUUGGAAAAGGUGGCUCGAGUCAAUGGGACUCAAAUUAGUGAAAAAUCAUUGCACGCGCUGUUAAACCCUCCGCAACCUCCAGUCGUUGUUGAGAAAAAGGAUGAGCCAAGCAUGAUCGCUACAAUUGUCAAAUCUCCAGUUCUUUUGCGACGAGUGCUCACGACUCCCAUUUGGUGGAUCACCACCACCUUCGUCUACUACGGCCUGUCCAUCAACUCCACCAGCCUGUCUGACACCAUGUACCUGAACUACAUCCUCACUUGUGCCAUUGAGAUCCCUGGGUACUUUCUUGCUGUUUUCCUCUUGAACUGGAUUGGAAGGAAGACUACUCUCUCUGGGGGAUAUCUCUUGAGCGCAGCUUGCAACUUAGCUUUCGCAUUUAUUCCCUCUGACCUGACCGUGCUUCGGCUGAUUAUAUUCUUGCUGGGCAAGUUCGGUAUCUCGGUGGUGUUCACGUCUCUGUACCUGUUUACGUCGGAGCUGUACCCCACGCAGUACCGCCACAGCCUGCUCGCCUUCUCCUCCAUGAUCGGCAGGAUCGGCUCCAUCACCGCCCCUCUCACUCCCGUGCUGACGGAGUACUGGCAAGGGUUGCCGUCGAUCCUGUUCGGCUCCAUGGGGCUGCUGUCGGGCGUGCUGGUGCUGACGCAGCCCGAGACGCUCGGCACCAAGAUGCCCGACACGCUCGCCGAGGCCGAGGCGCUGGGCAGGCGCCCGCGCGCCGGGCCCAACUGAUCUGAGACAAAUUCAUUAUUAAUUUACUAGCAUAUAGGUCCUUCUCAUUCUGUCUCAGACAUCAUAAAGGUAGCAGGAAGGUGCUGGACGCAGGCCGCUACCAACCGGGCAGCAUGGAAGGAAUUGGGGGAGGCCUAUGUUCUGCAGUGGACGUCCUAUGGCUGAAAUGAUGAUGAUGAUGAUGAUGAGGCCCUUACUAAGGGACAACAUAUCGCCACCACUUCAGGACAACAUAUCGGCUGGUGCUGACAGAAGUGGCGGGAGAAACUCGGUCACCUUUAACAAUAAUGGGGUGUACUUAGAUAAUCGUAAAGUGUUUGUUUUUCAAAUCAAAUCAAAUCAAAUCAAAUCAAAAAUAUUUAUUCAGUUUAGACCACAAGUGGCACUUAUGAACGUCAAUAGAAAAUAAUAAAAAAAGAAAAGGUAGCCCUUAUGGGGCACUUUACAUGUCUCCUUAUCUUUUGGGCCCUACCAGCGCUUCGAGACAAACAUAAUAUGGCAAGUGCUGAGAAGAAACGUUUUGUUUAGGGACGAGAUUAGAGCUGUUCUGAUUUCAUUGAAUUCGUGAAAUUCUCCAUACAAAACGCUAAUUUCAUAGCAAGGACCUAUUAAUUAAGGCAUUACUUUGGAACUGCAGCAUUCUAUGAGAGACAGUAGCUUUUGCAGCCUAAAACUGAUGUUAUUAUGAUAUUAACUGUAUGUACAGUUUAUACUUUUGUAUGUCACAGUGUACAAAUUAUAAAUUAUUUAUCUUUUUCAUGUA